AACUGCGGUUCACCUUUAUGUUUCUGAUUUGUGAAUUGACCUUAUUAUAUGUAAAUUUGGACUUUGAUAUCAGCGUCUGUGUGCAGUAUUGAGGCCCGUGAAGUGCGCACCUCACGCGCAAUGAUCUUCGCCAUCGAGGAGAUUAACAACAGCUCGGAGCUGCUGCCAGGCAUCAAACUCGGUUAUCAGAUCCACGACUCGUGCACCGCAGUGCCCGCAACGUCAGGUAUGGUGAUGGCCAUCAUCGGUGAAUCUAGCUCCACUCCAUCCAUCAGCAUGUCGCGCAUCAUCGGGGCCUUCAGCAUUCCUCAAGUGAGCCACUUUUCCACUUGUGCAUGUCUGUCCGAUAAGCUGCAGUUCCCGACUUUCUUCAGAACAGUCCCGAGUGAUCAGUUCCAGGCUGACGCGCUGGCCAAGCUGGUGAAACACUUUGGCUGGACUUGGAUAGGUGCUGUCCGCUCGGAUUCGGACUAUGGCAAUAACGGCAUGGCGACUUUCCUGCAAGCAGCCCAGAAGGAGGGGAUCUGUGUGGAAUACUCUGAAUCUUUCCACCGUGACCACCCACGCAGCAGGAUCCAGAGAGUAGCAGACGUCAUCCGCAGGUCAACAGCAACAGUUAUCGUAGCAUUUGUAGCUUCUACAGAAUUCAGGAUCUUACUGGAGGAGCUGUCACUGGAGCCCUCCCCUCCUCGCCAGUGGGUUGGCAGUGAGUCCUGGGUAACAACCCCGGACCUGCUGAGGUUCAGCUUCUGUGCUGGAGCCAUUGGAUUUGGGAUUCAGCGAUCUGUCAUUCCUGGUCUGAGAGAAUUCUUGCUGGAUCUCUCUCCCACUAAAGUGGCUGCCUCUCCACUGCUUACUGAGUUCUGGGAGGAGGCAUUCAACUGCAGGCUGGGAAAAACUGCAGCCGUGGAUGAGAGAGUGUGUGAUGGAUCUGAAGACAUACAGACGCUCCAGAGUCCAUACACUGACACAUCUCAGCUCCGAAUCACUAACAUGGUGUACAAGGCUGUUUAUGCAAUAGCACAUGCCAUUCAUAAUUCAGUGUGUCAGGAAACAAAUUCUACUACUAAGUGUGACAAAAUCACCAGAAUCAAGCACACACAGCUUCUCACUCAGCUGAAGAAAGUCAACUUUUCCCAAAAUGGUUAUGAUGUGUCAUUUGAUGCCAAUGGGGAUCCUGUGGCCGCAUAUGAGCUGGUUAACUGGCAAAAGAGUGAAAGUGGCAGCCUUGAGAUGGUGACAGUAGGUUUCUAUGAUGCAUCACUGCCAGCAGGCCAGGAGUUCAGUAUCAACAGGAACCUCACCUGGAUGGAGGACAGCACACAGGUCCCUGUGUCAGUGUGCAGUGACAGCUGUCCUCCAGGAACUCGUAAAGUGCUGCAGAAAGGAAAACCCAUCUGCUGUUAUGAUUGUAUACUGUGUCCUGAGGGAGAGAUUAGCAAUGCUACAGAUUCUCCUGAUUGUUUCCCUUGUCCCAAGGAGUUCUGGCCUAAUGCAGAGAGAGACUCUUGUCUCCCCAAGCCUGUAGAGUUUCUGUCCUUUGACGAGGUCCUAGGAAUCAUCCUGGCUGCAUUCUCAGUUGCUGGUGCCUGUCUUGCCAUUAUAACAGCGGCUGUGUUCUUUCAUCACAGGACAUCCCCGAUUGUCAGGGCCAACAACUCUGAGCUGAGCUUCCUGCUGCUCUUCUCCCUGACUCUCUGUUUCUUAUGUUCAUUAACUUUCAUUGGAGCACCCACUGAGUGGUCCUGCAUGCUGCGCCACACAGCAUUUGGGAUCACCUUCGUCCUCAGCAUCUCUUGUGUUCUUGGGAAAACAAUAGUUGUGUUGAUGGCCUUCAAAGCUACACUCCCAGGUAGUAACGUCAUGAAAUGGUUUGGUCCUCCACAGCAAAGAAUGACUGUGGUGUCUUUUACAUUUGUUCAAGUUUUAAUAUGUACCAUUUGGUUGGUUCUUAGUCCCCCUUUUCCAAUGAAAAACCUGACCACAUACAAAGAGAGGAUCAUCCUGGAGUGUGCAUUGGGCUCAGAUAUUGGGUUCUGGGUUGUGCUCGGGUACAUCGGCCUGCUGGCUGCCUUUUGCUUAGUGUUAGCUGUCUUAGCCCGCAAACUACCUGAUAAUUUCAAUGAAGCCAAGCUUAUCACCUUCAGCAUGUUGAUAUUCUGUGCAGUGUGGAUCACCUUUAUCCCAGCGUAUGUCAGCUCUCCUGGGAAAUUUACUGUGGCUGUGGAGAUAUUUGCCAUUCUGGCCUCCAGUUUUGGAUUAAUUCUGUGUAUAUUUGCUCCAAAGUGUUUCAUCAUAUUGUUGAAGCCAGAGAAGAACACAAAGAAACAUGUAAUGAACAAACAUUAAUGUAAGAUAUUUGAGGCUUUGAAACAGUGAACAUACAUCAUAAAAUAUCGGCGUAGAGUACAUGUUGCAGACAUUCGCUAUGUUUGUCACCUAGAAGUAUUCUCAUAUUCCAUAUUUAAAUAUUCUUUCAUUAACCAUUUUUUGAUGUCUUUAAACAUGAUUUCAUGAUUUCUCUUUCUCACAAUAAAUGGUAUUUAUUCAAUCAUGACUACAUUGAGAACAAUAUCAAUGACCAUUUGGAAAUUUAUUAAAAAGCGUAUCAAAUCAAACAAUACAUUUUGUGAUGUAUUUAAGACAGAAUGGAGCACCAAAUAACAACCCAUUAAAGUGGUGCAUCUGUUAAUGCAACAUAACAAACAUUUAAGUGGAAGAAGACAAAUAUGAGGAAGAUGUGUUUAUAACAAAAUAACUGAAAUACACAGGGUCAGAGACACAGCAAGGAAAAGGACAAGAGUUCAUCAACUACCACAAAGUCCACACAUCUUCUCUGAUGUGUAGAAAGAUGAUGUGCAGUAGAGGGAGGGAAACUU